UAUAUAGAGAUAUCGUUGUCAGAAUUGCAUUGCCAGCUUCUCCUGGUAAGCCAAUUGUCUCACUCUGUCAUUGCAAAGAGAGAUCCAUUAAUGGGUCUCCCGUCCCAGCUGAUUCCGGCUCUGGUCUGCUUACUAGCAUGGACCAGCAACUUCACCCACGGACACAAGCACAGCCUCACCUUACAAGAGACCAUCGAAAUGCUGAACUUCCUCACAGCGAAAAAGGACCCACAGUGCAUGGAGCUGACCGUAGCAGACGUCCUGGCGGCCCCGCAGAACACCAUGGAGGAGGAGACCUUCUGCAGGGCCGCCACGGUGCUCCGGCAGGUCUACAGGCGCCACAGGUGCUCCACCAAGAGGAUUCUGAGCGGACUUGACAGGAACCUCAGCAGCAUGGCCAGCAAGACCUCCUGUCCUGUGAACGAAGCCACGAUGACGACGCUGAAAGUCUUCUUGCAAAGGUUAAAGAGCAUCAUGCAAGCGAAAUACUCAAGGAGUUGGAGCUGAAUAUUUUAAUUUAUGAGUUUUUAAUAGCCUUAUUUUAAAAAUAUUUAUAUAUUUAUAACUUGUCAUAAAAUAAAGUAUAUGUAUAAUCUGACAGCAAGGUUUCUCUUUACUCACAAUGGCACCUUACCUGACAACUUUUGGGGAAACCAAUUUAAUUUGCUGAGAAGCUAGUAGGGAAGCAAAAAAGGAAAGAUGUCUUUG